AUGGAUCUGGACAACCAGCAUCAGGAGGGCAAUCCUUCUGAGAGUCUACCUCAGCGCAAACCACUCUCACGUCAACAGCGCUACCGUCUCAAUAAGAAGCUCCGGCAGCAGCAAGCUCAGAGCAGCGAGGCCCAGAAUAACCAGCCUCAAGGGAACCAGUCUGAAGGCAACCGACCUUUGGGCAAGAACAACGCAAAGAAUAAGCGACAGCGUCAGAGAAAGCGGCUGCAGCGGCAGCAAGCCGAGAACAGCAAGGCCCAAAAUGGUCAGCCUCAACCCGCCCAUCCUCAACGGAACCUCCCCCAGGACGGCCAGCAUCAGAACAGCCAGCCUCAACACAAUCAACCCCAGAACGGCCAGCGUCAGGGGAAGGCGCCUCAGGGCAAUAAACCGCGCAAUGAUCAACCUCGAAACAAGGUUCUGGAAGAGCCUCCCGCCUGGUUCGGUCGCGUGAGCCAAUGGAACGCCGAGAAGCCCAGCGUAUGGAAAAAAACGCUAGAUGAGGUGUUGCAGGAGGAGAAUGAUCUCUCAGACUGGGAGUGCAAUUGCAGCAAGGAACCGAAGAAUUGCAAGUGCAAGCAAGCGCAGAUCUUCUUACAUGGUGAAAUGGCGGCCUUGAACAAAGAUUUCUUGAAAUACCAGGAGCAUCGUAAUGGCCUGAAGAGAGACCUACGCAUUGAAGCGUACGAAGAGGCGGAAGAGAUGAAGGAAAUGGUGCAGGCCGAGAAGGCGAAGGUUUCUGAAAUACAGGCUGCCAUCAGGGGUAUCAAAAAAUCCGAGACCGCAAGUGCGAGGAUACCCAUCGGCAUAAGGGGAUGCGUUUACGACCUGCACUGCGUCGAGCUCUACCAGCUCCUUGCAGAUGCCCAGGAUCGCGAAGGAAACGAGAUAGCCUUUUUCGAAGAUUGGGAAACUAAGGAGGGGACCGACGAUUUUGAUCCCCCCCUACGACCAGAGUAUACUCGAUCGUAUGGGCCCUCAGGGUACACACCGGGAACGAAACUCUUUGCCUUCGUGACACUCAACGACGUUGUCUACGACGAGCCUGCAUGGUGCUCAAACCCGUUCUCCGGUCCUGAGUACGCUGGCAGGUGCAUCAUCCGCAGGUACGGUGGUGAAAACCAGGGUGAAAAUAUGGAAAUCACUUUUCAUAACAGCGACUACCUCGAACUCAAGGUUUAUGCCAAGACUGUCCUCGGAUUCUGCGAUGGAGACAAAACGCAGAAGGAAAAGUUCAAUGACUACUUUAAGAAUGCCAAGGACCAAAAGAAGAACCAGUGUUUCCACUUUUACGGCGUCCGCCGGAAAGGGACACCUUACGGGUCAUCUGAGGAAGGAUCCGAGGAUGGGUCUGAAGAGGGAUGUGAGGAGGAAUUUGAGGAAGGGUCUGGGAACGAAUACGAGCAAGACUCUGAGGAAGAAUAUGAGGAAGAAACGGUGGAUAGAGCCUUCAAACAGUAUCCGCCAUGGUUCUACCGCGUGUUUCGCUACGAACAAGACAGAUUUGGCACAGAGCGACAAUACGACGCCGUCCCUGGAUGGAUUUUUGACGAAGAUCUCUCGGACUGGGAGUGCGAUUGCAACAAGGAUCCGGAAGACUGCAAAUGCUGGCAACCUCAACUGAAAAUGCGCGCUGGCGUUGACGAACUGGAUGAAAAAUUCUGCGAGGUCCAAAAGGAUCGCAAUAAGCGCAAGCGGGAUCUGCGUAUCAAGAGGUUCAAUAGAGAAAAGGCAGAGGCGGAAGGGCCAAGACGAACCCCGACAUGGUUGUUCUUGGAGCAUAAGAUCGCCAAGGCUUCUCAAAUCCAAGCUGCCACCAGGGACAUCGAGAACUCCAACGCACCGAGAACGAAGACACCCAUCAGUAUCAACUGCCGCGAAUAUGAUCUGUACUGCCCUGAGCUGUGUCGGCUCGUGAAUCGCGACGGCGUGCUCAUGGACGAGAGCCUUUAUUUCGUCGAUACAUGGUGGGUCGACAGGGUCGACAAGAGGCGUCUCGAUUCGCACUACGAUUACCUUGACUGGAUGGACAAGACCCCCGAGUAUACAGAGAAGAACCUCUGCGCCUUCAUGUUUCUUGGACAAUUAAGAUCGAAGAGUUAUUAUUCAAAGCCUUUCCUCAACCCUAGAUAUACUGGCAGAUACAACGUCGGUUGUUGGGGACUUGAAGAUGCCGACAUCGAAAUUACCUUCCACAGCCAAGACUACCUCGAAGUCAAGCUCCAUGCCAACGCCAUUCGCAGGAAUUUUGGAUACGGGAAUCCUGGCUUGGAAGAAAGACUUGCUGACUAUUUCCAACUCGACACGCCUUAUCUCCGUUGGUACGGCGUCUUGCGGACUCCUGAAAGAGAGAUUGCGCUGAUUGAGGAGGAACAUCGUUUGAAGGAUAAAUAUAGGGCAUCAAUCCCUCCGCUCCAAGCCUUCCGUUGA